UGUUUAUUUUUCUCUAAAUUCGCAAUGUGAUAACUGGACUGUAAAUCCACAUCGGUGAUUCAUUCUCCCAUGUUUUGAGCAUGCUGCUAUGACAAUAAAUAGUGUGUAAGUGAACUAACACUAAUUAGGCUUUACAUCCAACUUUGUGUAACAAAAACAUCCGGCUUUUAUUUAGGACCUCUAGGGCCUACCUAGGCCUAGCAUGCAGUGCCAGUGAACCUUGUUGUUGGACUGUCGGUGCCUGUAGUAGCUACAUCCAUCGAUUCGUACCUGGUAAAAUACAUUGCAGACUGUUAUACCUCAAGGAUUUGUUGCAUAUCUGUUGGGCCUAGCCCUAGAUCAGAAUCCCAUGUCUGGAUUCUUUAAUAUAAAUACAAGUAUACAAAAAAGACAUUAGCACACAUGUUUCGAAAUAAUAAAAGGAAAAUGGCAGAGGAAGAGGAGUUUGUUUUUGUGUCGAGAUCAUGCAGUUUUGAUGGAUCCUUUGAACAGAUUCUUCCUCAAAAAUGGCAGAUAUCUGUCACUGAUGAUCAAGACUCUCUGAGAACGGAACCUUUAAACAAAGAAACUUUUGAAUCUUACCUGGAUGCAGAUGGACGGCUGGUUGAUGAGCACUUACUACGACAAGCAGUAUUUCGUGGUGGAGUUGAAAAUGAGAUUAGAUGCGAUGUCUGGCGGUUUCUUUUUGGACUCUAUCCUUUCCAAUCAACUAGAAGGGAACGUGAAACCAUGAAACUAGAGUACUAUUUUAAAUAUCAAUCUUUGAAGCAAAGAUGGAAAAAAGUACUCAAGUUGUUGAGUCCUCCUGGAUCAGAGGAUGAAUUUGAAAUGCAUAACAAUUACAAGUCAUUAAAAACAGGCCCACAAAGUUCCAAUCAUGCUCUGCAAAUUGACGAAGCCCAACAAGAAAUAUUGAAAUUUCAGGGAGACGUCUACGCAAAUAGACAGCCACUAAGGGAAGAUGAUGCUUCUUCCAUUAAGAAAUAUAUAAGAAUCAUUGACAAAGAUGUCCCUCGAACCGAUAGAGAGCACCCGCUCUUUGCAGGUGACAAGAAUCCAAACCUUACACUUCUUCGUGACAUUCUCAUUACGUUUGCAGUUUUCCAUCCAGAUGUGACAUAUGCUCAGGGAAUGAAUGAUAUUCUAAGUCGGUUUCUAGUAAUCCUCCAAGAUGAAGUGGAGGCGUAUUGGUGUUUUACUUUCUACUUAGAGAAUGUGUACACCGAUUUUCUAGAAUCUGGAAUGACUAGAAAAUUAGAAUUGUUAAGGGAUCUAUUAACUGAGAUAGAUAGUACUUUAACAAAACAUCUGGACACCUUGGAAGUGGGGGAUUUAAUGUUUUGUCACAGGUACUGUGCAAUAAACUAUUAUUGCUUGUUUUGAAUUUUAAAAUUUAAA